AUGAUCCGCUCGCGCACAUCCAGGCUUGCCGCCGCUGCCCUCUCCAGGAGGCGGUGGACGUGCCCGGCAUGCCUCUCCAAGCGCCAGUACUCCAAGCAGCCCGAGAAGCGCGAACCGCCCGAUCACCGGAAGCUGGGUAACCAGCAAGAGCUCUUCAUGACGUCCGUCUACAGCCCCGGCUCGCCCAUUUUCCUGCCAAACGGCGCUCGCAUAUUCAACCGGCUGGUGGACUUUUUGCGGAAGCAGUACGUGCGCUAUGGGUUUCAGGAGGUCAUCACGCCGACGAUAUAUAAGAAGUCGCUGUGGGCAAAGUCGGGGCAUCUGGAGAAUUAUGCGGAAGACAUGUAUUCUGUGACGGGCAACAAGAGGGCCUCGGAUUUGGGGUGUUGCGGGACGGAUCACGCCAAAGACGAAGCUGCGGUGGAAGAAGGCGACGACUAUGGGCUGAAACCAAUGAACUGUCCGGGCCACUGCCUCAUCUUUGCAUCUAAGCUGCAUAGUUACAGAGACCUGCCAGUCAGAUACGCCGACUUCAGUCCCCUCCACCGGAAUGAGAUAUCGGGUGCCCUGUCGGGACUGACGCGGGUGCGUCGCUUUCACCAAGAUGACGGCCACAUCUUCUGUAGACCGAGUCAGGUCGAGGGAGAGAUUAACAAGACUCUAGAUUUUGUCAAGACGGUAUAUAGCGUCCUGCGUCUUGGUGUCAGCUACCGCCUGGCGCUGUCCACAAGGCCAAAGGAUCAUUACAUUGGCGCGGAAGAGGAGUGGGCGCGCGCGGAAGACAGCCUGAAACGAGCGCUGGACGCUUCAGGCAUGGAAUGGACAAUAAACGAAGGCGAUGGCGCAUUUUACGGUCCCAAGAUCGAUAUUGUGCUCAAGGACUCUGAGGGUAAAGAACACCAGACGGCCACCAUUCAGCUGGACUUUCAGCUGCCUAAGCGAUUCGAGUUGGAGUAUCAGGCACCGGCGCCGGAGUACGAGGCCCGUGGUGAGACGACCGAUGACCCGGAGCUUCUUGCCCAGUACGGCCCUGUUCGGCCGGUCAUGAUUCACCGUGCAGUUUUGGGAUCUGUAGAGCGGCUGCUGGCGCUGCUGAUUGAGAAUUAUGACGGGAAAUGGCCGUUUUGGCUGAACCCGAGACAGGCCAUCAUAUUGACAGUCAACACAUCAGACCCUGUUGUCGAGUGGGCUGACGAUGUGCGCAAUAUUCUCCUUGGCAACAAGAAGCUGCAGGCCGAUGGGUUGCCGGCUCUCGAGAGUCUCUCGGGGCAGACGGGCCUGGCUGUAGACAUGGACACGACGGCGAGACCCCUGGGGACCAAGAUCCGGGAGGCACACGCGAGUGGCUAUGGCCUCGUCUUGGUGGUGGGCGAGCAAGAUGCCAAGAAUCAACAGGUCAGCCUGGGCAAGGAAAGGUUGAGUCCGCUCGAGACGCGCGAUAGAAUGCUUCGCAUGGUAGAUACAUUUGAAUGA